AAUUCUUCCUUCUGGGAUUUAAGAACCCCCCCAUUUUAAACACUAUACUAUUUAUUUUGUUCAUUUUAAUCUACUUUUUGACAGUAGCAUUAAAUGUUCUGAUCAUUUCGCUCGUGGCAACAGUCCCGAUUCUGAAAUCUCCUAUGUAUUUCUUCCUUAGUCACUUAUCUGCAUCCGAUAUCUUGGUCACUACCAAUAUAACUCCUAAUAUGCUCCAUGUUAUUUUACAUGUAGAAAGCACAAUAUCUCUAACUGGCUGCAUCACUCAGUUUCAUUUUCACUGUCUAUCAUCUGCCGCAGAGUGUCUUUUCCUUACGGUGAUGUCCUACGACCGAUAUCUCGCUAUAUGCAAACCAUUACAUUACACAUCCAUCAUGGAUAGCUCGCUUUGCCUCCAAUUGGCUGUUUGGUCUUGGAUUUUAUCAUUUUCAGUGUCACUGCUCAUUGCUUUUUUAAUACAUCAACUAGUCUUCUGUGGCCACGUAAUUGACCAUUAUUUCUGUGAUUUUGUUCCUCUUCUGCAAUUGUCCUGUUCAGAUUCUACCAUUGUAAAAAUGACAAAUAUUGUAUUAUCAAUACCGUUAAUGAUUCUCCCUUUGUCUUUCAUCUUUUACACAUAUAUCUCUAUUUUCAUAACUAUCUCCAGAAUUUCCACCAGCAGUGGAAAACUGAAAUCUUUCUACACCUGCAGCUCUCACUUGAUCGUAGUGAGUAUAUACUAUGGGAUUCUUAUAGCAAUUUACAUGACUCCUUCUAUUAAUUCUUCAUUCAAUGCCAAUAAGGCUAUAUCGCUCUUAUUUACUAUGGGAACUCCAAUUUUUAAUCCUAUUAUUUAUUGUCUUAGGAACAAAGACAUUAAGAAAGCAAUGAGGAAAUUUCUCAA